CAUUGAAGCAUUGCUUUGUGAGCACACGUAGUUACAUUAGGACUGUAUUCAAUGUAACGCUUGUUUGGGGCAAAGGUUUUAGAUCACGCAAUUCUGAAUCGUAAAGUAACGUAAUAAAAGUUUUUGUGGAUUUGCAGACCGCUUUAUGAGAACCGUCCAGUACACUAUUCGCCUUUGGAAAGUUAAUCAAACAAUACGCUGCAUUCGCUCAGUGCCACUCGCGUUAUACUCUGGCGGAAUAUAAUUUAUUAAAAAGGUUAUUUACCAAAUUGUGUUGUGUUAAUAACAGGAAAGUGUUCAAUAAGGUUGAUAGAUCUAUAACAACAACGCCAUGCCUUGCAACUGUGAGGCUGAAUUGACGACCGAAUCGCCAAAACAUCAAAACGGAUGCGAGAUGAAUUCUCGACGUGCUUCAGGUCACCAGACGAACAAUCAUCAUCGGCACCAGAACGGCGACUCUGAAGAAGCAGUCGAUAUAGAGACUGUUAGGUACCCCGAUGGCACGGUACGCCUACGGAACCCUAACAUCGAGUUAAUGGACCAAGACAUUUUAUAUCACUUGGCACUUGGCAGUGGAUCCCACGAUCUUGUUGAGAUGUUCGGUGAUGUGAAGUUCGUUUGCCUGGGAGGUACACCGAAGAGGAUGGAGCAGUUCGCGUACACGAUCAUGGCGGAGAUCGGCCACAAGCUGCCAUGCGGUACGACGCUGCACGAUAUUAGCCAGUUCUCCUACAGAUACUCAAUGUACAAAGUGGGACCGGUCCUCUGUAUAAGUCACGGCAUGGGCAUACCCUCCGUAGGGAUCUUGUUGCAUGAGGUCAUAAAGCUCAUGUACCACGCCAAGGUGAGGGACCCCGUAUUCUUCAGGAUCGGCACUUGCGGUGGCAUCGGCUUCGAAGGCGGCAACGUCAUCAUCUCGGAAGAGGCUGUUGAUGGUAACUUAAGGAACAUUUACGAACUGGUAAGUAUAUGAGCCAAAAUAAGAGCAUUUAGUGUAAAAUAUUACAAGUAAACUUUCUCUUGAUAGUUACAGUUAGACACAUUACUAGUAAGCCGUUAUUGUUUUAAGAACUGCAUGAGUGAAAUAAAAUGCAUUACGGUUUUCACUUUGGGCAUACAUAUACCGUGGCAUGACAGGAAAACUUGUUUAUAAUUUAUUGUAACAGAUUGACGGGCUUCCCCUAAACUGCAACAUACGUCAUAAUACUAGGCUUUUACCUCUGUUUAUUUAUAAACAAAGCUUGGUAUACAUGUUAAUCGACACGUAGACCAAUGUACCAUAAAGGAGUAACACCUUCCUCCUUCUUCCUGCCGUUUGAUUGCAAGGAUGGCCGAGAGGUUGAGGUCACCACGCCAAAAACACUGUGAGCG